CAACGGCAAAAGACCCUUAUUCCGGCUCUGCGUACUCUUUUCCAACCCUACAAGUAAAAGUUGCAAGCGCAAAUCAUAAUACAAUGCCCUCAGAUCUCAAAGACAAAAACGGCGAGCCCAUUCAUGUGGGUGACCACGUAUUUGCUCGCUCCCGCGGUGGAAGACAUGAAGGUGAAGUGGAAAAAAUUGUCACGACCAAGGAGGAGGCAGAGAAGGAAGGGGUGAAGCACCCGCCCAAGGCGCUAUUCACCGACCAGCAUGGUCAUCAUGUAGAGCAUAACCCGGAGGCGUUGCAGCAUGGGGAAUAUGCUCCUGGAAAGUAGUUCUUCAACUUGGAUAAAGUAUAUCGCUGAGGGCACGUCUGUGAUGCACGAGAUAGUAUACGAAUCACGGAUUUGACUGUAGCUAAUAUCAAUUGGUCCGAUGGUGUAGUUGGUUAUCACGUCAGUCUAACACACUGAAGGUCCCCAGAUCGAGCCUGGGUCGGAUCAUAGAAAAUAUCUUUUUUUUUCGU